CGUGGUCUGAACAUAGCGGCUUUUUGCAAGGACUUCAAUGCUCAGACUGCCCACUAUAUAGAAGGUGUUCCCCUUCCCUGCAGAAUAACAGUAAAAUCUGACAGAUCAUAUGAGUUAGUAAUCCACAACCCUCCUACGACGUACUUCCUUAAACAAGCAGCAGGAAUUCAGAGAGGUGCCAUGUCUCCAGGAAAAGAAGUGACUGGCAAACUAACUCGUAAACACGUCUAUGAAAUAGCGAAGAUCAAACAGCAGGAUCCACCAAUGCAGCUGACACCCCUUAAGGAGAUCUGUGAAUUAGUAAUUGGCACAGCUCAUUCAUGUGGUAUUGAGAUUAUGGAUGAAAUAGACCCUCAAGAAUAUGGAGAAUUUCUUGGGCAACGCAUGCUAGUGGUCGAGGAACAACUGAAGGAGCUAAAGGAAAAAAGAGAAGCCAAGUUACUCAGAAAGUAACCUGUGAUGUAAAUUGUAAACGAAAUGUUUUCAGCAAAUCCAUUAUACGUGUACUGUACUUUCCACUAAAGUUGCAGGGUAGCCAGAAUUCACUCUCUUCAGUUUCUCCCAAUCAUCCUCUCACUGCAGUAAAGGAUGGGUUCCACUAUGAUGCUCAUCUUCCUCAAUAAGGCCCCAAAAUGUCCUCUUCUUCAUAUACCCUGGCAGACAGCUCACCAGUCAGGUUUCCUCUAUAUUUUAUUUCUUAUCAGUUUGAUUAAUCACUGAACUGUAGUUUGCCUCAUUAACUUGUACAUUGUUGUUUAUUACUGUAAAUAUAAAUGUAUAUCUGUAUAUGUUUAUAAAUAAAGUUUUUUUUUUACUACAAA